UCGCACCUCCCAGCGGUCUGCCUCGAAUUGGAUUCGCAGUUUCCCAGCAAGUUCCUUGCUCCGUGACCAAAAGGAAAAGAGAUUCAAAACAUGUUCUUAUUUAAGGCUACGAACCCCUUCUUCUUCCUCAUCCUCAACAGAACUACAGCUCGCUUCGCAAGUUCUUCUUCACUUGCUUUCCGGGCAAACAAUGGAAAUCCCUGAAGGGACUUCAUCACAGCGUCAUGUCGUCGUCAAUGUCAACCUGGAAACUCGACUUCACCAUAUCCUCCCCUGCUUCGGUCUCAUCAGCUUGGUUACGAGCAGCAGCGCCCGAAUUUACAGAUCAUACUCCAACCACGAAAUUCCAACCGUAUCCUUCGUCAUCUUCGUCGGCUUUGUUGCCUUCUUGUUGUACUACUGCUUCGAAUUGAAUCAGCGGAUACCUCCAUGGAAGAAAUCUUCAAAGAAGCAUAAGCUCCAAAUAGGUAUAUGGUUGUUUUUGAGUGCCCUAAUGGUUGGGUUUUGCUUUAAGUUUUCGAAAUUGACAGGAUCCUCUGCAUCUCUUUCCUUCUUAAUGGUUGUAACUGGUGCGAACAUGCUUGUUCUCCAUCUCUACUCGAUCUGGGGAGAUUACAAUGUAAGAAAUCGCUCGGUGACAACUAGCAGGACUAAAAGUGUUAGGGUAAACGAGAGAACCAGUGAGAUGGGAAGGAGUGAAUCAGCAUUAGUAUAUGAAAGAGUCUAACAAGUGUUUGUUAAAUUGAUGAGAGUGAGAUGGUGAGAUCAUAUAUUUUAUUUGCUACCUUUUCCCAUAUCUAUCUUAGAAUUCUCAAUUAUCCUACAAGCUACCCGUAACAACUCGACUCUUCUUUUUCUUGUGAAUCAAAUGGUAACAACUCUGGAAGUGGCUAGACAUGCCUGGUUAGUUUCAGUCUAUCAUCACCAACCAUCUAUCAUGUAAGGGAUGGAAUAAUAACAGCAUCAUCCCGGAGCGAUCACUCACAUACAGAGCAGGGAGUGGAAGGCUUAGUUCUAUAAAAGUGAUUGAUUAUUGAUAAUUUCGGUUUUGCUAAUCUCAGCACGCAAGUUGAUGUCAUU